AUGAUAAGCCAAGCAGAGAGUUGUCCAGGAGCGGACUACAGCAACGUACGCGUGAUAAAGAGGAAUCUGGUCUACAUCAUGGGGCUGAGUAUGAGUGCAGGAGAGACCAUUCUGAGGAAGCACGACCACUUUGGGCAGUUUGGAAGCAUCAAAAAGAUCAUUGUGAAUCCACUCAAAAAUAGCACUGCAUGCGCGUACAUCACGUACGAGCGAGACGAGGAGGCUGAGAGGUGCAUACGAAUGGUAGACGAGUCCGUCUAUGGCGGAAGAGUCAUUCGCUGUACAUAUGGGACUACGAAAUAUUGUACAUUUUUCCUAAAGAAUAUCCCAUGCCAGAACCACCUGAAUGGAAGUGGACGGAGUCUACUCGCUGACUGCAUGUAUUUGCACGAGGUGAAGCCAGCAACUGACAUUUUGAAGAAGGACGAGUUGUUGAAGAGCAAGUUGCACACUUUUGAUGCACUAAACAGGAAUAAGGAGAUUCUUGGAGUACGAAACAAGAGAUUUGCGAUGCUGGACGAGUUGUUCAAGCUCAAGACGAACAAGUCGUUUCCUGCACCAAAAACUAUCACAUUUCAGCCUAAGGACAUCAACACGGAGAUGGGGAAGCAGAUUAGAGGCCAAAGUGGCUGGCGGACACUAUAG